AUGUCAGACCAAAAGCAGACAAAACAAUUCGACUCUAAGUUAUUAAAUCAUAUUAGUGAAUAUUCACUUGUUAAAUAUUUCCAACAAUUGAUAAUUUCAGUAUCAAUAAUUAAUCUUAUUCAUCAACAAUAUAUUUUACCAUUACUUGCAUUUGUUAAUGCUCAAAUAUUAACUAAAUCUCCAAUUUAUGAAACUGUUAACUUUGUUGAUGUUCAAGCUGACCUGACUUUAUCGACUUUUGAUAAAUAUUUCCUUGAAAUUCCAAAGACUACUGUUAAUUCAUUCUCAAAGACUUAUUUAGAUAUUGCUAAUAAGAAAUUAAUAGAAGCUAAUAACAAGUUCUUAACUCCAAUUGAAAAGAGUGACUCUGUUGUCGAUACUGUUAAGAAUGUUGCUGUCAAUGUUAAGAAUACUGCAUUCAAUAAGUCAACUGAAAUUCAAAAGAACUUGGUUGAUACCUAUAACCAUGAAUUAUCAAGUGCAAAGAAACAAAAUGUCAUUGGUAAGAAUAUUGAAGCUUCUUAUAAUACUGCACAAAAGACUAUCAAGACAUUAAAUGAAGAAAUUAUUACUCCAUUAAAGAAUCAAACUCAAGAUUAUGUUGAUCAAAUUACAACUCAAACUAAGAAUAAGGCUGAUGAAUUGAUUAAGACUAAAGUUAGUCCAAAGAUUGAAGAAAUCAAGAAGAAGAAGGAUGGAUUCUUAAAUGGUAAUGCUGCCCCAGUUCCUGUAUCUGGUUAA